GAGAGAUUCACAUGCGAUGCUCGACAAUAAUCUUAUCUCACAAUAAAAAAAUAAAAAAACAGAAUUCCCCAAAUUGUGCCACCAACUAUUGAAUAGCGUCAUCACUCUUUCCAUUCAUUCAUAGAAGAAGAAUCAUAGCAUAGAUAGCUCCCCUAAUUUGACCCCUCUUUCUUCACCUAACCUCUACAAAUUGAAAUCUAAUCAUUUCAUUCACAACUUUACUUCUCAUUCAUCACAAGUUCAGUUCAUUAAACUCAUUUUCCAGUAACAGAUCCAAUCCAAUCCAAUCCAAUCCAAAUGGCUCUAUCGCGAUUCUCAUCCUCUCAAUUCGGAUCCACUCUACUCAAACCCUACUUCCUCUCCUCCGCCAUACGACACCGUUCCAUUUCUUCCUCUUCCACCGAAACCCUAACCGUCGAAACCUCCAUCCCUUUCACUUCCCACAACUGCGAACCACCUUCCACCACCGUCCAAACCACCGCCUCCGAACUCAUGUCCUUCUUCAACGACAUGGUUCUCAUGCGUCGUAUGGAGAUCGCUGCUGACUCUCUCUACAAAGCCAAACUCAUCCGUGGUUUCUGCCAUCUCUACGAUGGUCAGGAAGCCGUUGCUGUUGGAAUGGAAGCCGCCAUUAAUCGAAAAGACUGUGUAAUCACCGCGUAUCGUGAUCACUGUACUUUUCUCUGCAGAGGUGGAACCCUAGUUGAAGUUUUCUCUGAAUUGAUGGGAAGAAAAGAUGGGUGUUCUAAGGGGAAAGGUGGUUCCAUGCAUUUUUAUAGGAAGGAAGGUGGGUUUUACGGUGGACAUGGGAUUGUUGGAGCUCAGAUUCCUCUUGGAGUUGGAUUGGCUUUUGGUCAGAAGUAUAAUAAGGAUCCCAAUGUUACUUUUACUUUGUAUGGUGAUGGUGCUGCUAAUCAGGGUCAGUUGUUUGAAGCUCUUAAUAUCGCCGCUCUUUGGGAUCUUCCUGCUAUUUUGGUUUGUGAGAAUAAUCAUUAUGGAAUGGGGACUGCUGAAUGGAGAUCUGCCAAAAGUCCUGCGUAUUACAAGCGUGGGGAUUAUGCUCCUGGAUUGAAGGUAGAUGGUAUGGAUGUUCUUGCUGUAAAGCAAGCUUGCAAAUUUGCAAAGGAACAUGCUUUGAAGAAUGGUCCCCUGAUUCUUGAAAUGGACACUUACAGAUACCAUGGCCACUCCAUGUCUGAUCCGGGCAGCACUUACCGCACACGUGAUGAGAUUAGCGGUGUUAGACAGGAGCGUGAUCCAAUUGAGAGAGUAAGAAAGCUGGUAUUGGCUCACGACAUUUCUACUGAAAAGGAAUUAAAGGAUAUUGAAAAGGAAGCCAGAAAACAAGUUGAUGAAGCCAUUGCCAAAGCAAAGGAAAGUCAAAUGCCAGACCCAUCUGAUCUAUUUACCAAUGUAUAUGUUAAAGGCUUAGGGGUCGAGGCAUGUGGUGCUGAUAGGAAAGAAGUGAAAGCUACUUUGCCAUAAAUGAUAGUUAUAUCCUUUGAGCGUCUUCUUCCCUUGUUACAAACUAAUCAGAAUAAUGAAGAAUAAAAGGUUCUUCAGCAGCAGAUCAUCUCUCUGCCUAUUGGUGAAGCUUUGCCUAAUUGUAUAUUAAAUUGUUUCUUGAAUAGCAAUAUGGCGGCCUAUACAUUCAGAUUGUAAUUUUGGAGGGAUCUCUAUUUUAGUUUAUUAUUGAUUAUACAUACAACUAUGUGAUGCAAAUUGGAAGCGUCAUUGUGCUCAAUUUCUUUUGAAUGUGUUCCACAAUUGGUGGAGAAAUGUUGCCAUUAUUUUUUAUGUACUCAUCAGAUUGUGUUUCAGUUAUACUACCCAUUCAUUUUGGGUAUUAAGAAAUCAUUUUUUUGGACAAUUUCUUAAAA